UUGAAACCGCUGCUGCUGCCAUUGAGAACUUGAGAGCUGCAAAUUUCCAGCCUUGGAGGUGACCAUGGUGCGGCCUGCGAGACAUAAGAAACCAGUCAAUUACUCACAGUUUGAGAACUCCGAUAGUGAUGACGAUUUUGUUUCUGCCACUGUACCUUCAAACAAGAGAUCCAGAACAACACCAAAGGAGUUAAAACAAGACAGACCAAAACCUAACUCAAAGAAUCUCCAGAAAGAAGACAUCUCACUGCAAGAGAAAACCCCUAAAAAAAGGAUGGCUUUAGAUGACAAGCUCUACCAGAGAGACUUAGAAGUUGCACUGGCUUUAUCAGUGAAGGAACUCCCAACGGUCACCACUGAUGUGCAGAAGUCUCAAGAGAAAAGCAUUGAAAAACAUGGCAAUAGUAAAACAGAAACAAUGAAUAAGUCUCCUCAUAUCUCUAAUUGCAGUGUAGCCAGUGAUUUUUUAGAUUUGGAUAAGAUUACUGAGGAAGAUGAUGUUCAUGGUGUUCAGGGGAAAAGGACUGCAGCCUCUAAAGCUGCAGUACAACAGAGGAAGAUUCUUUUGGAAGAUAGUGAUGGCAAUAGUGCUAAUGAUGUCGAAUCAGACUCUGCAACCAGCGAAGAUUCUGAGGAUGAUUCUGAUUUUGGUGAGAAUGAAGAUGAUGACAAAGAUUUCUCUAUGAGAAAAAGUAAAGUUAAAGAAAAUAAAAAGAAAGAAGUGAAGGUAAAAUACCCAGUAGACAAGAAAGAGAAGAAAUCUAAAUCCACAUGUAACGUUUUGGUGACUUCAGUGGACUCUGCUCCAGCUACUGCCAAAUCAGAAUCUCCGUCCUCACCAAAAAAGGUUUCUCUUUCUUCUGAGGCCACUAGGAAACCAUUACAAAUACACAGCCCUUCAGUGGAAAACAGGAGACCUAAGUGGGUCCCACCAGCGGCAUCUGGAAGUAGCAGCAACAGCAGCAGCCCACUGGCAGGGGUGUCCGUUAAGUCUCCAAAUCAGAGCCUCCGUCUUGGUUUGUCCAGAUUUGCACGAGUUAGACCUUUGCAUCCAAAUGCCAUUAGUAGCUGAGUGUAGUAGCAAAGAAAUGUUUGA